GAUUGAUAUCCCAGCACACUCACUAUUUUUCUGCACCUCCCGCCGCAACAGCACAGUAUAACCAUGAUUACUGUUAGUCGUGUGCCGUGGUUCGAUUUUCGGCUACUGAACGUUCAGCUUAUUUUGUGGGCUUGCUAGUUAGUACUAGUAGUUGCCCUGGUAGUAGAUCUACGUCCUCCGCCCGUUCCUUGUCCUUGGCUCCAUCGAGUGUCAUGUGCGCGGCGGUGGCGACAUGCCCUUCAUUACCGUGCAAGAAUUUGAGCAAUAAUUCCUGCUGCUGCAGCGCUGGUGUGCUGGCUUGUGCCAAAAUUGCUUUUUUAGUAGAAAAUAGACGGUGCGUGUCUUGAAAUGGAUCUAAGGUCGCCAAUGAAAUUAUUGUUUGUGAUAUGGCUGGUCCUUGCUACCUAUAUCGAAUUUGUUACCUGUCAAGUGAGCGGUAUGGUUCCGUCCCUGACUGCGAACUGCAGCGGCUAUGCCAUAGACCGAUUUCAUCAAGACCUUCCCAACCCGAGUACACGCGUAUUCAUCAACGAUGUGUAUUUCUUGUUGCCCAAUAGCAGUUCUCUCACAAACCUGAAUGAGAAUCGACAGUCAUCCAUUAGAAGCAUAGUCUGGGAUGGAAACAUCACGUUCACAGACAUAUCGGCUAUCUCAGUCAGCGUGCUGCCUGUGACUCUCAGCUCUCUCCGACUGGAAGUGUACAGGGACAGUGAAAGUGCCAUUAAUAUCAAUGAGAAAGUGCAGUGCGGUUUGAGAGGUUGCUCAACAGAUAAAAGUGUGGUGUCGAGCGUCCGAAUAGGGAGUGACGAGAGGUUUGAUGUUCCAUCCAGCUUCGCCAGUCGACGCAAGACCGACGCAGUUGUGGAAUGCCUGACCGAAGGUCGCGCAACUAUUCGAAUCGACCUGAAGUGUUGGGUCCUGUCAGAACUGCCGACCAUGUUCCCAUUCGUAUCCUUCAUCUUCAUCAAAGAAUGUCCUGCCCCAGCAGUGGAGUCGGUGUCCUCCAAUGCACAAUCAGUCGGCAUCGGCAUUGCAGUGGGAUUCGUGGCGCUGAUUGUCAUCAUCAUCAUUUUCAUUGUACGCUCACCGGCAUGCCACUUCACCGGUGCCCGCGCACUGGAUGAUCCUCAGGCAGGGGCGGUGCAGAAAGGCGUUUCCACAACGACCACAUCGGCAACACUGGUGUCGGCAUCACCCCAGGGCAGUGACCAUCACCAGGGAAACAAUAAUACUGUGGACAACCUUUCAUCAACAGAUGUGCACAUCAGGAAUAAUACCGACAGGAGAAGUCUGUCAGUGGCCUUUACUGUGAGUGAACACAACCAGCCGCAACUACAUCCGGGAUCAUUGUCACGGGGAUCAGAUGGAACAGACUCUAAUUCCAUCUCUUUCUAUGAAAAGAGCAGUAUUGGACACAUAGACUGGCAAAACUACGAACAAGUCGAGGAGAUUACUCUUCAGCCGGACCACAUCGCUCUGGGAGAAGUUAUUCACAGCAGCGUAUCUGUGCAAAUAAUGACUGGUACGAUGAUGACUCAGGAUGGAGAUCGCGAUAGAAUUAUGAUCAAGGCAUUCACAAAGGCUGCAUCUGGUCCAUCUGUUAAAAAGUACAUCCAGGAAGCGUUGCUAAUGAAGCGCGUACAGUCUGACAAACGCCAGAUGUUCAUCGAGGAGAUCAUGGGCAUAGUGAUUCCCGGUGAACACGUGCCGCCGCUGCUGGUCUAUCAUCACGACGACGACAGUGAAAACCUGCGCGCCUGGCUGCUGCGUGUGAAGAGCAAUGAGAUAGCCGGAGCACCUGUUGAGGAAGGAGCACGGUGGUUGAGUGCUGCUGGAGAAGCCAUAAGCUGUACGUACUUGACACGCCUGGGAUCACAGCUAGCUCGUGGCUGCAAGUACUUGGCCAAGGCUAACGUAAUCCACCGGGACAUUGCGGCGCGUAACUGCAAAAUUCACCCAAGGUCUGGGAAUGUGAAGAUCUGUGACAGUGUGUACUCAUCGGAGCUGUACCCUGAAGUUUAUCUGAGACAUCCGCUUUUCCAGGAUCUCAGAGUGCCUCUCAAGUGGAUGGCCGUGGAAACCUUCAGCGAAGGCCUAUUCAGUUCAAGCUCCGACGUGUGGUCGUUUGGAGUAACACUAUGGGAGAUCUUCACGUUGGGUAGAGCUCCCUAUGACGACAUUGCUCCAGAAAACCUGGAGCGACACUUGCGUGAGGGAAACCGCCUCGAUCUACCUUUGCGCUGCCCACUUUCAGUGUUCGCACUGAUUGGACAAUGCUGGGCCCUAAGUCCGCAGAACCGUAUCACGUUCCACAAGUUUUCCAUGCGGAUUGCAGAUGAGAUGAAACGUCAGCAGGAUAGCUACUAUAUGCCAGUAAAUGACGACAUGCUUCCGGAGUUUGUGGAGUUAUGAUAUGGUGCAGUGACGCCAACUGUGAAUCCAAACAGUGUAUUGAUGAACCCACUUUGCCAGUAAAGGACGACAUUAUUCCAGUGUUAACUGCUAUUCUGCAGUCAUGGCAACUGUGAAUCCAAACAGUGUAUUGAUGAACCCACUUUGCCAGUACAUGGCAACAUUCUUCCAGAGUUCGUGGAGUUAUGAUAAUCAUGGUGCAGUCAAUGCAGCCAUGAAUCCACAGACACUCUAUUGAUGACCUCAAGUUGACGUAAUUGCCAUUAAUUACUUGCUUUCAAUGCACUAGCUGAUCCUAUUUGCGAGACUCCCAACUUGCUAAUUUAUAACCGUUACAAGAUUCUGUACUAUUCCGAAGCUCAUGUAAUAUGCAGAUAAUCCCCCCCCCCCCCUCCCCGUCAAUUGUGAUCACUUUUGUUGUACAUGUGGUUGCGCUUGUGGCUCUUCGUUGUACAUGCGGGUAUGCACACAGCUAUCCAUGCAUUCCUACGGUGUACUAUUUAUGUGUAUACAAAUUACGUGUCAUAAAGUAGCCAUGCUACAAUUGCAUUUCCAGACUUUGCUUGAACGCUACAGCAGUGAAUUUCAAUCAAAUCUAUGAGCUGUAGAUAUUUUUUGCCACAUAGUUGGUUGUCACGGUUCCCGCCAAUACACAGAUAUCUGCACUGCCGCAGAAUCAUAAUAACUCAGUGUACGGAGUUUGUAUCAGGGAGUAGUAAAAUACCUUUACUCUACACCCUGGUUUGUAAAACAAUAUUCAGGACGAAAACCGGGUCUGGGCAUCCAUACUCUUUGGCUCUAUCUUCCUGGCAUGCUGUUAUUCUCCGAUGCGGGCCUCUGAACGCGAGUUUCCCUCCUCAUCUUUGUUGACCAAAAUUAACAGGAAAGGCAUGUGGGUGGAAACUAAGGGAGAUCAUUAUAAUCCGUGA